AUGGCAGUACCAGGGAGAUUGCCAUCGCUGCGCGUGACGGAAGGCGUGGUGGGGAUAAGGGAUAUGGUGUUUGUGUUCCGCACCGCGACGGCGGCGGCGACAAGUGUUGAGGCGGAGGCAGGCGCAACGAUACAGAGUGCGAUGGCGAUGGAGGAGGACACACCGCCGCCGCAGGUCCAUGAGAGGGUCAUCUACGAUACAUACAGUGAAGAUGAGGAUGACGAAGACGAGGCCUACGCCUCGCCUGUACCAGCUGCACGCCCCCGCCGCCGCCGCACUGGGACGGCCGUUGCCCGCACUGCUUCCCCCGCCCACACGCAACCUAGUACUGGGCCUGAUCGGCGAGUGGCCGUCGAUGCUACUCCCCCCGUCCGUAGCACCGCUCCCGCCGCCACCAACGAUAGCCUUACGAGCCUGGCCCUCCAAACCCGCUACCGCCAAAACCUUCCACUUGGCGAUUUCCGCGACAUCGCGCAUGUGCGGGGAAAGCUGCGUAUGGGUGGGGAAGUACAUCCAGGGGUUACACUCGCUCGGUGGGGUCUUCGCGGAGACGAGGGAGGUGGUGGGGGAGGGGUAGUGUAG